AGACCUGUGCUAUAUGGGUCCCACUGAACGCUGUAAAGCUAUCUAGUUUAAACUGGCGGUGAUUGCAAGGAAAAGGGUGCAAGUGCGGAGAUAGCGGGAGGAAAGUUUCCAGGACUUUGCACGUACUGAUUUCCCCGUGCAUGUUCUCCGCUUCAUUUCAAAAGAAUCGAGCGUCGGUGUUGCUCUCCUCCACGCUCCACCCUGCAUAGAGCUCCGUCUGGUUCGGGUCUGUCAAAUCGGAGAUCUCUCAUAUAUCCAUGUAAGGAAUUUACCUGCCUGAAUGGAAAUUUACUGACAGAGCUACAAGGAGUGGGGAUUAUUUACAGGGCACUUCUGUUCUUGGUACCAAGCUCUGAAGUCUAUAUGGAGGGAUCUCAGGAUGGCUUGCACCAGAAAGACCAAAACGGUGGUGUCUACUUGUGUGAUCUUGAGUGGUAUGACCAAUAUAGUGUGCUUGCUUUACGUGGGAUGGGUUACUAACUACGUCGCCAAUGUGUAUAUCAAAGUGCAAGAACCGGUGCCAGAGAAAAAGUUAGAGGAAGACAACAAAGGGGAAACUUUGAGGAUUAUAGAAAGACUGGAUCGGCUGGAGAAUGUAGUCAGUCAACACAUACAAGAAGCGCCUCAGAAGAUUGACGAGAAUGCUGCGGAAUCCUUCUCCGAUUCCUCAUUGUUCGCUCACUGGGGACAAGAUCUGAGUCCAGAGAACCGGAGAACUGCACUCAAGAAAUUCCAAUACUAUGGUUACAAUGCCUACCUGAGUGAUCGCCUUUCACUGGACAGAAGCAUACCUGACCUCAGGCCUGAUGGAUGCAAAAACAUCUCCCACCCAACAAACCUCCCUCAAGUCAGUAUAGUGUUCAUAUUUGUAAAUGAAGCUCUGUCUGUUAUCCUGAGAUCCAUUCAUUCAGCCAUAGAAAGAACCCCUGCUCAUCUGCUGAAGGAGAUUGUUCUGGUGGAUGACAACAGCAAUGAUGAGGAUCUGAAGGAGAAGUUGAGUGAUUCCGUGGAGGAGAUGAACGGCCGUCAGCCCGGGUUUAUUAAGAUGGUCCGGCACAACAAGCAGGAAGGGCUAAUCCGCUCCCGGGUGAGUGGCUGGAGAGCUGCCACAGCCCCCGUCGUCGCCCUCUUUGAUGCCCAUGUGGAGUUCAACGUUGGGUGGGCUGAGCCCAUUCUCCUGAGAAUCAAAGAGGACCGGACUCGCAUCAUCUCUCCUUCAUUUGAUAACAUAAAGUACGAUAACUUUGAGAUUGAGGAGUAUCCUUUGUCAGCACAAGGCUUUGACUGGGAGCUCUGGUGUCGAUAUCUUAACCCCCCAAAGUCCUGGUGGAACCUGGGAAAUUCUACUGCACCAAUAAGAAGCCCUGCACUAAUUGGCUGUUUCGUGGUAGACAGACAGUAUUUUGAAGAGAUUGGUUUACUUGAUGAAGGAAUGGAGAUCUAUGGUGGAGAAAAUGUGGAGCUUGGCAUCAGGACAGCUGUGACCCUGAGCAUCGAAUGCUGCUUUUCCAUCUACCACCUGGACCAAUUGGAAAGCAUUUCAAAAUCAGUCAUGCUUGUUCCCGUGUGGCAGUGUGGGGGCAGCGUGGAGGUCCUCCCUUGCUCCAGGAUUGCUCACAUAGAGAGAGCCCACAAACCAUACACUGAAGACCUGACAGGUCACGUUAGAAGAAAUGCUUUGAGAGUGGCAGAGGUUUGGAUGGAUGAGUUCAAAAGCCAUGUCUACAUGGCUUGGAACAUACCCCAGGAGGAUUCUGGGAUUGACAUCGGUGACAUUUCAGAGAGGAAGGCCCUCAGGAAGAGGCUGCAGUGCAAGACGUUCCGAUGGUACCUUGUCAACAUUUACUCAGAAAUGAGGAUGUACACAGACACCAUCGCCUAUGGAAUGCUGAAGAAUUCCCUCAAAAGUGACCUGUGCCUUGAUCAAGGGCCAGACACCGAUAACAUUCCAAUCAUGUACAUGUGCCAUGGAAUGACUCCUCAGAAUGUUUACUAUACCAGUAGCCAGCAGCUCCAUGUUGGUGUCCUGAGUCCUACAGUAGAUGAUGAUGACAAUAAGUGCCUGGUGGAUGUCAACAGCAGGCCGAAGCUAAUUGAGUGCAGCUAUUCCAAAGCAAAGAGGAUGAAACUCUAUUGGCUGUUUACUCAGGGAGGUUCAAUCCAGAAUAGAAAAUCAAAACGUUGUCUGGAGCUCCAGGAAAGCACUGAUAAUGAGUUUGGGUUCCAGCUUGUUCUCCAAAAGUGUACAGGGCAGCGGUGGACUAUCACAAAUCUCAUGACAGGGUCGUCAUUAUGAUAGAGUCUUAACUCGCUGAGGUCAAGCAUUGUCUCAGAACUGCGGGACUGGGAGACUGUUUGAUGAGGAAAGACUCAAUAAAGUUUAUGCCUUCUGAACACAGGUUUUUUUUUGGGGGGGGGGGGGAUUGACAGAACUAUUUCUAUCAUCUUGGUGUCCUGGCAUACAUAUAAUAACCUCAUUCAUACUGUAAAUGUUGAACAUUUUUCUAGUUAUAUGUGCUUAUAAAAUCAACCAGGAUGUGGUGAUUCAUAUAUUUUGCAGCUAGAGAGAGAGAGAGAGAGAGAGAGAGAGAGAGAGAGAGAUGCAUAAACUUUUUUUUUGUUUCAAAAUGAUGAAGUCCAUUUUGGGGGGUUGUAUUGUUGUAUUGACCUUAUGCACUCAUUCAGUACUUGAUACUUUUUUGCUACUGUGUAGCACAUGUUUGCAACAUUUCCUGCUGUAAUUUUACUUCUUGUGUUUCAGACUAGUAGGAUCAGAAUUUAUUAUGAAAUCAAGUUGUAUGGUGUGAUGGAAUAUGUCAGACGCAAGAUUUUAAAAUAUUUUCUAAAUGUAAAUAUUGAUUAAAUUGAGAAUAUAUAUAAUAUCUGACAUUAAAAAAAAUCAGUAUUGAUGAA